AUGAAUCUCCGUCGAUGGACCAUUUCGCUCUGUAUGAGUGUCGUGGGUCUUACUGGCACCCCUUUGUGGAGUGAAGCACAGGCUAGUGAGUGUAAAGCCAAAGACAAAGCCUUUGGGUUCCUCGUAAACAAGCUGCCAACGGCCUACGGGCUUAACACUUGCGUGGCCAACAACGUGGGAACCAUCGCUUCGGCACUUGCUAGCACCUUUUUCAGCAGCUGUGGCAUGAUGGACGUCUACGAUUUGGUCAAGAACGAGGACUUCAACCACCUCGUUACUUUGAUGCGCGACAUCUCGACGAAACCCGCGGACAUCUCGCGACUUGUUUAUAAUUACAUGGCUGGCCAGAGUGAUGACGCGGUGGACGACCUUUGUGAUGCCUUUAGCGGUGCGUUCGGACCCUGCGGAGGGAAAGUUAUCCCGAAACUGCUGCCUGCACUCCAAAAGGACGACAAAUGCUGCGCUGAAUUUAGUGAUUUGAUUGAUCUGCUGAACAUCGUUAUUGCCCCCGACAAGGACAUGAGCUAUUUCCUGGUCAUCGAACUCAUUAACGGCUUCAACCAAAUGAUCUGCUCGAAAAAGGGGCGCAACUCUUGUGGGCUCCAUAUCUUUCAACAAUACACAAAGAUGUACACGCUGGAGACCUUUGACUUUUUCCAGCACAUGGUGCUGCCGUUCAUGACCAUUGGCGCGGGGGAAGAGUGCGCAGGUUUGUCGGGUAAACCGUACCAGGACACGGGCUCAAAGAAGCCAGCGACGACCAUUGAUUUCGGCUGCUGUGUUCAUCAUUUGCGGCCGUUCGUUCAGACGAUACAAAGCAUUGCCAAGAAUGUUUUUGGUGAUUCGGUAUGGGAUAUCGUUGGCGGCAUGGUCUCGUACACGGCUCCCGAUGGUGCUUUUGUCGAUACUCUUGCAGGGACUAUGGAGUGUCAAUUCGAUAAGUGCAAGAACCCAAAGGGUAUGGCUGGUGAUCUUGAAAAUCUCCGUCCCGUUGGUGCGAAAGACCCGGGCAAGAACAUUUUGAUUGAUACCAAGUGCACCCUUGUGGAAAAGUGUAGUGGAGACAAGUCAGUAUGCAGCCAAGUCUGCGACAGAGGCUCAGUCGUUGUUCCAGACUGGCUCAAGUCAAGUCUAGAUUACCAGCGAAAUCUAGCGUUCAGUGGUCCAAUUUGCCUCGCACAGCUUCCUGCUUCGCACAACAGCGCAAUCAACUUAGCUGAUGGCUUUGGAAACCGCGACCAGCUCUUCAACAAAAACCUCGACGUGGAUAAACCGUGGUCGUACUUGAAGACCAAUAACCAGGUGCUGAGUAUGACGGACCAGCUUGACAUUGGCAUCCGCUUCCUUGAAAUUGACACACACUUUUUCUUGAACGAUGUACGCACUGGACACUGUGGUGCCCUUGGUAUGCCCGCUGUCACGGAGUUUAUUAAUGCAUUAGGCAAGACGCUCGGAAACUACGGCAAGUUUACUUGGGGUGCCGAGCUGUUGGGCUGUUUUCCUUCAAUUUCUGGAAUCAAGGCUUCGGAGCAGCCUUUGACGAGAGACUCACUGGAUGAGGUGAAGGCUUGGCUCAAUGCGCACCCGACGGAGUUUGUUGUGGUUUAUUUGGACACGGGUGCAGACAUGAAACGAUUGGACAAGCUGGGCGCUAUCGAUACUCUGUUCAGCGAUACGUUUGGUGACUUGCUUGUUCCAGUUGAGGCUCUCGAUAAGCUUGCACAGGGCAAGUGGGCGGGUGGUAGCAUAAACGAGUUCGUUGACGCUGGCCAUCAAGUUUUACCCCUGGCAAACUCGAAAACGGCGAAUGCUUACAAACUGUAUGACAUGUGCACUGAAAAGGAUCUCAAGGUCGAUCACAUUGACGACAUGCCUAACGACAAGCAACAAAUCGGUGGACUGACAAUUUACAGCAAGACAAGCUGGAUCCGUACGUGGGCAGAGCAGAUUCGCUACAUAUCCAUGUCUGCAACUGGAAGCGUAACGCGAGAGCUGCCGGUCGUUCUGGAUGCUGAAACAAUUCCUAAGUUUUUGCGAUGGAAUCUCAAUCUCAUCGCCCUUGACAACGUAGACGUGGCCAAGAUGGCCGCCCACGUAUGGUCUUGGGCUGUCGACGAGCCUAGCGUUACGGAGGCUGAGGCGAGUGUGCUCAUGGACGUGCACGGUCGUUGGGUGGCUAGUAUUGAUGCCGAGAAGAAGUCUCGGGCUUGCUGGAAUGAUGCAAAGUUGGCGUGGUCCAUCGUGCCUUUUGCAGAGGAUUGCCCUGCUGGAACUACUUUUACGGCUCCGAUGGAUCCUUACCAGAACCACCUGUUGCACGAGGCACUCGUUGCUAAAGAUAUCAAGGACACUUCGUUGGUCAUAAAUGCAACUCUGAUGGCAGUCGGAGCACCCACUCCAGCACCUUCGGCAAUGGCAGUCGUCGUGCUGCCAACGAACUCUUCGACGAUAUCAUUAUCAUCAUCAUCAGGAGAUGCAGCAAUUACGCAGGAUGAUUCCUCGUCGAUAUCAUCAUCAUCAUCCUCAGGUUAUCAAGAAGAAAUGAUCUCUUCGACAGCAUCCUCAUCAUCAGCAGAUGCAGCUAUAACACAGGAUGAUACCUCGUCGAUAUUGUCAUCGUCUUUAGAAGAUGCAGACAUAUCGGAGGGUGGUGUCUCAUCGACAUCAUCAGCGACUUCAGGAGAUGCAGUCAAUAUGGAGGAUGAUACCUCAUCGACCUCAUCAGCGUCUUCAGGAGACGCAGCCGAUAUGGAGGAUGAUGUCUUAUUGACAUCAUCAGCGUUUUCAGAAGAUGAAGCCACAACGGAGGACAACUCCUCUUUACCGUCAUCGACAUCUUUAAGUGAUUCAGAUGUUACGCAGACUGAGCUCAUCUGGACGACACCACCACCGCCAUCAUCGUCUUUACAAGAUGCGGUGGAUGCGCGCACACAUGGCCACAGAACGAUAGCCGGUGUGCGAGCUCGCGAAGAUGAAGCCGCUAUGGAGGAUGAUACGUCUCCGACAUUAUCUGCAGAAGAUGAGGUGGAUACGCAGACUGAUGUUUUCACAAAGAGUGCUGAGACAAGAAAUCACGAAGAUGUUGAUCGGAAGGAUGUUUUCCUCCAACGACUUAAGAAGUAUAUGUCAGAACAUUGA